UUUGUCACUCUUCCUGUCUUGAAAAGGAGUUCCAUGUUUUAGGAAGGAAGGGUGGGGCAGAGCCAGAAGAUUGGGAAAACGAGAGAAAGUGAGAGAAAAUUAGGGUUUCGAUGUAUUCUUCUUCGUCCACUGGAUACAGAUUGAGCUUGAGCAGAGGGAUGUCUUCGAGUAAAAUGAAUGCUAGCUCGCUUAAUCCUUCUUAAUCGCACUUCGUUGAAGAUCCGCAUAAAACUUUCAUCUCUCUUGCUGUUUCUUCUUAAAGGAGUAUCGAAGCAACUUGCUGCCUCAAAGUUUUCUGCUUUUCAUAUUGGUUCUCUAGUUUAAGUAUGUCGGACUAGCGGGUUAUGUCUGUUUAGAUUGAGUUGAAGGACUUUGUUGCUGUGAUGGAUAAACCCGGAUCACAUCAACUAUUCCAGCACUCUCCCAUGGAACCAGGGUAUGGAAAUGAGUCUGUCUCUCAGGGAUUUAUGCCUGAUCAAAUGAGCAGCAUGAAUGCAUAUGCGCGACCUUCCAAUUCUAAUGUUUCUGAUGCCAAGCCGGGACUUAACUUUUCCAUCCAAACAGGGGAGGAAUUUGCCCUUGAAUUUAUGCGUGACCGGGUAAAUCGGAAUGCCCCUGCAGCUGGUGACAUAAAUUAUACCACAGGUUAUAUGGAGCUAAAAGGCAUUCUGGGGAUCAGCCACACAGGAUCUGAGUGUGGUUCAGAUGUUUCAAGGUUGAGCAUGGUGGAGAAUGGAAUGAGAGAGUAUGAGAGAACGCAAUCUACCUUUCAUGGGUCGGGGAAUAGACUCGGGCAUCUCCAGCCAGUGCCACAAGCUUCAUUACGUAGAGAUAGUAGCCAAGGAAACUUACAUGGGAAUGUCUCUUCUUCAGCCUCGGGUAGUUUAACGUCAAAGAUGAAGGUCCUUUGCAGCUUUGGUGGGAAAAUACUUCCACGUCCAGGCGAUUCAAAGCUUAGAUAUGUUGGAGGUGAGACACAUAUCAUUUCCAUAAGAAAGGACAUAUCUUGGCAGGAGCUCAAGCAGAAAAUUCUUGAAAUCUACGAUCAAGCUUGUGUUAUAAAGUAUCAGCUUCCUGGUGAAGAUCUUGACGCUUUGGUGUCUGUAUCUUGUGAUGAGGAUCUCCAGAAUAUGAUAGAGGAGGGCAGCGAGAUGGAAAACCAAGGGGGUUCCCAAAAGCUUAGAAUGUUUCUGUUCUCCAUUAGUGAUUUGGACGAUGCUAGCUGUGGGAUUAACAGAAGUGGUCGUGACUCUGAGUUUCAAUAUGUUGUAGCUGUAAAUGGCAUGGACAUGGAAUCGAGAAGGAACUCAAUGCUUCACGGGUUGGAAGGUUCUUCUGCAAACAAUUUAUCCGAGUUGGAUGCAAGGCACUCCGAGGAAACCAAUGGUGUUGCUGGAAACAUAGUUGGAGUUCCGGCUCUGCAGUUAACCGGUGCCAGUUUCCAGCCAUCCUCUAUGCAAUAUUCUCAGUCUAUUCCUCCAAGCUCCUCGCUUCACUAUUCUCAAUCUAUUCCACCAAAUACAGCACUUGAGUAUCAACAAUCCAUUCCUCCAAGUUCCACUCUUCAGUAUUCCCAGUCCAUUCCGCCAAGUCCCUCUCUUCAGUAUCCCCAAUCUAUUCUGCCAAGUUCGUCUCUCCAAUAUCCUCAAUCCAUCCUGCCGAGCUCGUCUAGUUCCUAUGGAAUAUAUCAGCCCUUCUAUGGGCAUGUAGUUCAACAUGGAGAAAGGGAGCAGUUUUCAGUACCUCAUCAUCAGAGUUCUUCAGAUUAUUCUACUGUUGGGUUAAUUCCCAGUUCUAUGCCUUUCCAUGGGGUUAUUAAUCAGCAGGGUGGCUGGACUGAUGGGCAGCCAUACCCUGACACCACACCUCAAAGUGCACCAGUGCUGGUGAAGGAAUUGAACCUGAGACCUGAUACGAAAAAUACUCAUGAAGUUGUAGAGCCUGAAAACCCUCACCUUUUGGGAAGGGAUCACCAGAAUUCUCCUCAAGUGGAUGAUGUCGAGGCAAAGAAUCGCAAUCAAAUUCGGGAGGCAUCAGCUGCUAGACCCGUGCCUAACGGUCCUAACCAAGAUGCGCGUUUACUGCCCCCAAGAAGAGAUACACGUCAGAACACUCCUGUGAAGCCUGCUACCUACCGUGAUGCUGUGAUCGCUGGCCAGGUUCCUCCUGCAUCUGGUGAUGACGAUCAGCUUUCAACAUCAAGUAGUGCCUGCGGUCCAGCUCAUGUCGACUCUGACUCAAAUUUGAUCGACCUUAACUAUCCGGAGCCUGUACAACCCAUACAGAGGGUAUACCGUUCGGAGAGAAUACCUCGUGAACAAUUAGAAUUGCUGAAUCGCUUGUCUAAGUCCGAUGAUUCUUUAGGUUCUCAGUUUCUAAUGUCCCAUUCACAUUUGAAUGUUGGGCAGCAAGACCCAGCAAAAGAGUCAAUGGGUAAAUCAGGCGAAGAUUCUCAAAUUGCCAAUGAUGGGAUCCAUCAGAUGCAUAGUGAUGUUGACACAAUUUCUGAGAUAGUAAGGCCAUCAAAUGAAGCCUUGGACUCCGAGUCUAGACAUAAAACUGAAACAUCCAGUAUGAGCCAUGUAGACUCAGUUGUGGAUUAUGUUAUUCCUCAGGAGCAAGCUUCUUCGGGUGUGCCUCCGUCACAGCAGGGAGAUAUUCUUAUUGACAUCAAUGAUCGAUUCCCACGUGACUUCCUUUCUGAAAUAUUCUCAAAGGCACUCUCUGAGGAGACAGCCGGUGGCCGUCAAUAUCAGCAUGAUGGACCUGGUUUAAGCUUAAACGUGGAGAAUCGUGAUCCUAAAAAUUGGUCGUAUUUUCAGAAUCUGGCAGAGGAGCAGUUUGGCCAAGGAGAUGGUUCUUACAUUGACCAAACUGGUCCUGUUCCUGUCUUCCCAUCUGAACUUAAAGACGGCGGAGAUGUCUCUAGGUUACACCACAUAAUGCCAGUGACCGCGGAUAGCAUUUCAACAAAUCAUGCAGAUUCACCGAUGAAUUUAGGUCAAGAUUGUGGGGACGAUUGUUCUGUAAGGGGUGGCCCUGAUCAUGAGGAUGAACAGAUGAAGGUCACAGAGAGUGAGGAGUUCAGCAAUAUGGUGGAGAAUCUCAUAACAUCAGGUUUCGAACAACAGGAUGGAAAGACAGAAUCUAGGCACGUUGGCCUUCCUCCUUUAGACCCAUCUCUGGUGGACUUUGAUAUCAGUACCUUGCAGAUUAUAAUGAAUGAUGACCUUGAAGAGUUGAAAGAGCUUGGUUCUGGCACUUUCGGCACCGUGUAUCAUGGAAAAUGGAGAGGAUCUGACGUUGCCAUCAAGAGGAUUAAAAAGAGUUGCUUUGCUGGACGAUCAUCUGAGCAAGAGAGAUUGACUGUUGAAUUUUGGCGGGAGGCUGACAUUCUUUCGAAGCUUCAUCAUCCGAAUGUGGUGGCGUUUUAUGGUGUCGUGCAAGAUGGACCUGGGGGAACAUUGGCUACUGUGACAGAAUACAUGGUUGAUGGCUCUUUGAGGCAUGUUUUGGUCCGGAAAGAUAGGUACCUUGACCGCCGAAAGAAACUGAUUAUCGCGAUGGAUGCUGCAUUUGGGAUGGAAUACUUACACUCGAAGAACAUUGUUCACUUUGAUUUGAAAUGCGACAAUUUACUCGUGAACUUGACAGAUCCUUCUCGCCCAAUAUGCAAGGUUGGUGACUUUGGAUUGUCAAAAAUCAAGAGAAACACGUUGGUAUCUGGGGGUGUACGUGGAACCCUGCCAUGGAUGGCACCGGAGCUUCUGAAUGGAAGCAGCAACAAAGUAUCAGAAAAGGUCGAUGUAUUCUCAUUUGGUAUUGUCUUGUGGGAGAUUUUGACUGGUGAGGAACCAUACGCCAACAUGCACUAUGGUGCCAUUAUAGGAGGGAUAGUGAACAACACACUGAGGCCAACGGUACCGAGUUACUGUGACGGGGAAUGGAGGAAGCUGAUGGAAGAGUGUUGGGCUCCGAACCCCUCCGCCCGGCCUUCCUUCUCCGAGAUUGCUGCCCGUUUACGCGUUAUGUCGUCCAGGCAACCUAAAUCAUCACACGCCCACAAGGCUCCUUCCAAAUAACAAAACCUUACACACACUGCACAGAAUAAACAAGAAGGGUUCCUUUUUUUAAAAUCUUCUUCUUCUCAUGUGCAGUGCGAAAGGAAAGGCAAUAUCAAUUUCCAUUCUUUUCUUUAUAUAGUUUGCUGUUUUCGUUUCCACAGUUUGUUUGUUGUUGUUUUUGGGGAUCAGAGGAGGGUGAAAGUCAUUUGAUCCUUUUUCACCUUCUCUUUUGUUUCUUCUUUUACCCCUUUGGAAUAAACGAAAAUUGUCAUCA